CACGGCGAGUUUACGGCGAUCGCACGGAGUAAUCGACACACAACGAGCGCGCGGUACUUUAUACGGCACUCCCGACACACGACGCGCAUCUCACUUCCCAUCGAGAGUCGGAGUGUCAACGCGGGAAAAGAUCCGCGAACACGCGACGCUACAGCUCGAGUCGGCGCGCGAGCGAGCGAGUUCCACGUACGCGACGAGUGUCGAGCGAAGCGAAGGCAGUUUGAAAGCCGCGCGACCAACUUCACGCACAUUAGGAGCAAAGCAGUGCAACCACCGUUGCAGCGAUACAUAUGCGUCUGCGGCUCUCAGCUGCACCUUCGUACACUUUCCGUUCAUUCGGGCGAGCAGUAAAACAUAUGGUUAUGCGUUGUGUAACUUUCCCACGGAUGUUUCGAGGAAUUCGGGUAAUUUUAUGAAUCUUCGGCAUAAUCCUCUCAGCAGAGUAACGAGUCAAAUACAGCGUCUCUUGAUGUACAACAAUCGCAUUCACGUGUAAAUACCAGAUUCGAUUAUUGAGGCACCACAAGUCCGGAAUGAUGACGCUACGUUUGUUCGACAGCGAGGAUUACUCGACCCUGGAUGUCAUGCCAAGUGUGUGCACGGAAAAUGACGAGAUGGAGAGCUACGAUUACCUGAGAGAGUGCAUCGGCAAUCUCGAGAGUAAGAGCUCUGGGAUCGAUCUACCAGCCAAUCCCACGAGUGCCGCAGACAUCAGUUUACAGGGAGACGACGGUUUGGACGAUGUUAAUUUGAACAGUAUUGAUUUCAAUUUUAUGAAAAUCGAAAGCUUGCUCCUGCAAGGUACCGAGGAGCCCUCAAAUUGUACAAAAAGCGAAGAGGAAGAAGAAGCGAAACAGAACGUCUCUGGGGAUGUUGAUAUUCCACACUCGCCACAUUUCAACACAAUGAAUCUGAGCUUCUCGAAUUUUUCAGACAGCUCGGGCAAAGAAUCAGACAACGUGGCAACAACUAUUCGUAAUAAUGAAUCCUAUACGUUCGACAAAGAUCAAUCGUUAGAAGGAAAGAAAGCUACAGAGAACUACAAUUGUUCUGUCAAACCUUACAUAGAAAGUAAUACAGAUACAGAUUCUAAUAUCAACAGAGGCAACAGUUAUGAUGUGAUUCAAAGUGUCACAUCCGAAUUGCGUCGUGAGAUGAAGAUAAAUAAUCUGGAGUUGUCAGACAGAGACGAACAGAUUCAGAGGUGCGAGCAAUGCCAGAUGACGUUCAGAUACAAAAGGCAUUUGGAUCGUCACUUGGAGGGUCAUCAGAAAAAUAAUUGUCCUCACUGCAACGAGAAAUUCGCCAGACGGAAGCACCUGGAGGUCCAUCUGUUUCGCGCGCACGGAGAGAGGGUGGUCAGGCAUCCUCAUUCGUGCGACGUGUGCCCGAAGAGCUUUCCCAAGCGCGCCCUACUGAACCGUCACAGAGCGAAGCACAGCUAUCAAGACGGUAAGGUGUGCUCGGAGUGCGGAGACAUGAUGAGCGUGGAUACGGACGAGAAGGAGCACAGGGAGAAUCACUGUAAGAGGAGGCGGUUCAAGUGCCAGCGAUGCCUGCAAACGUUCAGCAUCGAGCAAACGUACUUAUCCCACAUUCAGAAUCACGACAACUACAAGUGUCCACGCUGCGACGUUACUUUCGCGUCGAAGAAGAAGGCGCACGAGCACUUUAAGGCGGCUCACGCUUCAAAAUCGAGCGAGCAAGAGUCGAUGAACGGUGACGAAUAUAUUGAAAUUAUAUCGAUAGACAGAAGAGAUGAGUUCACCUUUCUUAUUUGUAAAGUAAUAAUGACAUAUUGUUUUACAGGUCCAUAUUUCUGUGCUGACUGCAGACACACAUUCGCAAAGAAAGACGACUAUUUCCGACACUUGGAGUCCGCGCUGCAUCUCAAUAAAGUUAACAGGGACAUACCCGUAAGGGCUAUAUUUUCCUGUGCAAUCUGCUCGAAGAAAUUAAUCACGCAAAGAGCCCUGGAUCAGCACGUCCGGCGCAUACACAAGGGCGCAAAGCGAUUCGCCUGUAACAUAUACGGGUGUACGUUUCAGUGUUCCAGAAGGACAGAUCUGGACAGGCACAAACAGCUGCACGUGGAGGAGCGAAAUGUCGUGUGCGAGCAUUGCGGCAAGACGUUUACCAGUGUCAGCAUCCUCAAGGAUCAUGUGCUUUAUAUUCAUAGCAAGGAGCGGCAGUUCAUCUGCGAGGAAUGCGGCAAAGCGUUUAAGAGGAACAGCUUACUGAAGAGACAUAAACUGUCGCACGAGCAGCAUCGGCCGUUCGCCUGUAUGCAAUGCAGCACCGCGUUCAAACGCUCGCACCAUCUGACUCGUCACAUGGAAACCUGUCACAGAAUUACGUUGGAGAAAAAGAAAAAGGUGGUAAAGCUCAUGAAAACAAAGGAUGGUCACCUUGUGCCUGUGCCAGAUAAACCAAACAGAUCGGAAACUAACAAAGUGAAAGUCGAAAAAGGACGCGAAUCAAUUGGAAAAAAUAAAGAGAAAGAUUGCUCAGUUACAAAUGUAAGGAAACAGGCUGUAAAUGUUGAUUUGCAACAGGAAAUGCAGUCAUUAUUAAAUCCUGAAGAAAACACCGAAUGCUCAAACUUGCCGCUAGAACCUACGAACUUAUCUGCUGUCGAGUCUAUUCCACAAGUUUUUUCGUUAGUAGAUGUAAACACGGGACAAGUGCUUACUGUAGAAAUCACCAAUAAUUCGGAAUUGUUACCUACUAAUGAACUUGAUCAGUUUGGAACAAAUUGCAAUGAAAUACUGAAUUUACCGGAUUAUCAAGAUAUAGAAUUUCAAAGUAGCCUUCUGAACACUGAUCAAAUGUAUUAUGACAAUACGAAUUAUUCGGAGAUAUCGUUGGAAAAUAUUGAAGGCUCGUUUCCACUUGUAAGCAAUACUAGUAAGAUGGAAACGAUAGAAAGCUACUUAACUCAUGAAUUUCCAGCAUUCCUUAAUAUUUGAAGAUUUACAGAAUAGAAAAGCGCAUAUAUAUAUAUUAUAGUUUAAUUGGCAACACAUAAUGGUUGUCUAAAUUUAAAAUAUGUUACUACGUUAUCGUAUUUUAUUAAAAUAUAAAAUGUUAUUUAUUUCAUUAAUAACGG